GCAGCCCGCCGGCCGGCGUCUGUCAUUCAUUAGCAUUAGUUCGCGUCCAAGCGCUCACGGCCGCGAGUCGUGUCAACAUCAACAGUGGCACAGAGUGAGAAAAGAAGAAAAUGGUUGAAGUCAAAGUACAGCAAGGCGUGCUGUCUGGUGAGCAGCUGACGACGGAUCCUGAUGGUACCCCGUACUACAGCUUCAAAGGCAUCCCGUACGCUCAGCCUCCCCUAGGAAAACUCAGAUUCAAGGCUCCACAACCACCAUUACCAUGGGACGGUGUCAGAAAAGCAACUGAACACGGCCCCAAAUGUCCACAAAGAGAUAUUUUUACCGACUUGUUGAUACCUGGCAGUGAAGACUGCCUGUACUUGAAUGUAUACAGUCCGGAUAUCAAACCUGCUUCACCAUUACCCGUUAUGGUGUUCAUACAUGGAGGCGGCUUCAAAAGCGGAUCGGGCAAUGAUGACCACUACGGCCCAGAUUUCCUUGUUAAUCAGGGAGUCAUUCUUGUUACAAUAAACUACAGAUUAGAAGCAUUAGGCUUUCUGUGCUUGGACUCUGAAGAGGUACCUGGAAACGCAGGGAUGAAAGAUCAAGUGGCUGCUUUGCGCUGGGUGAGAGAUAACAUAUCAAGCUUUGGAGGAGAUCCUAACAAUGUCACAAUAUUUGGUGAGAGUGCCGGCGGUGCAUCUACUUGUUUUCAUGUAAUCUCACCAAUGUCUAAAGGACUUUUUAAGAAAGCUAUUGCCAUGAGCGGUGUUCCAAUUUGUGACUGGGCAACACCAUUUGCUCCGCAAAAACGAGCAUUUGUAUUUGGCAGACAAUUGGGUUUGGACACUAAGGACCCAAAAGAACUAUUAGAUUACUUGCAAAGCCUUCCAGUUGAAAAAUUAUACGACACAGAUCCUACUGUACUGUCAUUUGAGAAAAUUCAUGAAAACAAAUUGAAGUUUUAUCAUUUUACUCCAGUCGUCGAAAAAGAUUUUGGAACCGAGCAGUUUUUGACUGAAGAUCCUUUGGUAGCCUUGAAAAACAAAAGAAUAAACGAUGUUGAUGUGGUCGUAGGAUAUACAAACGACGAAACUCUGAUCGCCAUCAAUUUCUUCGAGCACUCACUACUUGAGUCUUACAUUCAACAUAAGGAACUGGUAGUACCUAGAAAGAUCUUGAAUAAAUGCACACCUGAAAUAAUCUUAGAAGUAGCAGAAAAAAUUCACGAUCACUACUUUAGAGAGUCAAAAAUAAGUUUAGAGAAUAUGCGUCAAGUGCUAAAUUUCUCUAACGAUGCUUAUUUCUUUGCUGAUAUUAACAGGUUUAUGUACCAUUUGACAAAUGUCGGUGGUAACAAAAGAUACUUGUACAAGUUCUCCAGUGUGUCAGGGAGAAAUGUUUACGGGAAUAUGGGAAGCAAGUACGGGAUCCAAGGAGUAUCCCACUUAGAUGACUUAAUGUAUUUGUUCAACGGCAAGAUUUACACAUUGAACGUUGAGAAGAAUAGUAGAGAACAUCAACUGAUCAAACAGGCGUGCACUGUUUUCACAAACUUCGCAAAAUAUGGUCAUCCGACACCAGAUGGCACGCUGGGCGCCGUGUGGCCGGAGUACGACAACAACAGCAAGCGCUACGUGGACAUAGGAGACAGUCUGACGGUCGCCAGCAACCCUGAUGCUGAAGCUGUCAAAUUCUGGAAGAGCAUUUACGAAUUUGCUGGUAUCGAAUGGUAGAUCGAAGCAAAUAAAAUUGAAUUUGAACCUAC